GUGAGGGGUCUCUCCAGAUGCUCUAAACUGUCUCUGCGUACCGUCUUUCCCUCAUCCAGGACCUUGAAUAGGCAAAAGAAUCAUUCUGCUCGCUCAGACUUGGAUAGAGGACAAUACAGUUCUCACAGACUGUUAGUGCUCGGACCGUCUCAGUAGGAACAGAGGACAACGUAAAGACCGGACCACAAGAAGGAGCGUCUUUGUGAUGGUUUAUUCCAGGAACAGACGGACAUUAAAGUGGACGUUUCUUUUGAUACGUUUUUGAAGUCUUCGCUGACUUUGACACAAAGUCAUCUGUGAACGGAUACCUGUAACUUGGGACCAUAUCAAAAAGGUGAAGAUGAGGUCCAGGAGCAGCGAUAUGGAGGGGCCAGAGAACAGACCACUGAAGCCGCUCGCUAAAAUCCACAGCACUGAGAAACAGAGAAGCAAACAAGAGCUGAUGAAGAAGAAAAGCAAAGCUCGGGAGGAAAAAGAGAGCAGUGAGGAGAAGGCUGUUUCUGGGACUUUGCAGAAGCCUCAGAGGCCUCGCGAGAUGCAGCAGAGGAGAGCCGGACUGAUGGACCUCUCCAAAGAAGAUCUCAUCCAUCUGCUGGGAGUCAUGGAGGGAGAAGUUCAGGCCCGUGAAGACAUUAUCCACAUGCUGCAGUCUGGCAGAGCACGACCUGAAGUUCUGGAGGCUCAUUACGGAUCUGCGCUUCCAGUCAAACCUCUUCAGGCUCUGCAGAGAGACAGUCUGAUGACCAGCGGAGACUUGAUUCGAGACGACGUCUAUGAGAUCCCUAUGAUAGAGCUGGACCGUUUGGAGGAGAAGCAGCGUGAGACGUACAGACGGAUGUUAGAGCAGCUGCUCUUAGCCGAGAAAUGCCACCGACGCACCGUCACCGACCUGGACAAUGAAAAGCGCAAACACGUCGACUUCAUGAACAAAAGCGAUGAUUUCACCAACCUGCUGGAGCAGGAGAGAGAGAGACUCAAGAGACUGUUGGAGCAAGAGAAGGCAUACCAGGCUCGCAAGGACAAGGAUCACAGCAAACAUCUUGAGAAAGUUCGGGAGGAGCUGGUUAAGUUGAAAUCAUUUGCCCUGAUGCUGGUGGAUGAAAGGCAGCUUCACAUUGAACAGAUUGACCAGGAAAGACAGAAGAUCCAGGAUCUCAGCAAGAAGCUACAUGAAAAAGAGCAGCAGUUGGAGCUCAUCAACAGCAAAGCUAAAGAAGACAGUCAGAGGAUCCAAAGGCUGGAGCUCGACCUAGAACAUAAGACCUCCAAAUCUUCACAGGAACAUGAGGAGAUGACCGCCAAGCUGGCCAAGCAGGAGUCUGAAAGUCGACAGCUGCGUCUGAAGCUGGCCAGCAUUUCACACAGGAUUGAGGAGCUGGAGGAGGCCAAUCGUACGCUGCAGAAGUCUGAGGAGGACCUUCAGGACCUGCGGGACAAAAUAAGCAGAGGGGAGUGCGGGAACUCAAGCCUCAUGGCCGAGCUGGAGAACCUUCGGAAGAGAGUUCUGGAAAUGGAGGGCAAGGAUGAGGAGAUCACGAAAACAGAAGCACAGUGCAAGGAGCUAAAGAGGAGGCUUCAGGAUGAGGAAAAUCACAGCCGUGAGCUGAAACUAGAGGUUGAAAAACUGCAAAAGAGGAUGGUGGACCUGGAGAAACUGGAGGGAGCUUUCAAUGUGAGCAAAUCCGAAUGUGCCCAGCUUCACAACAACCUGGAGAAAGAAAGAACCUUGACAAAGAGCUUGGCGUGUGAGCUGGAAUCAGUUAAAAACCAUAUCAAAGAACUUGAGUGCUCAGAGUCGAGGCUGGAAAAGGCUGAGAUGGGUUUAAAGGACGACUUGACCAAACUAAAGUCAUUCACGGUGAUCCUAAUGGACGAGAGGAAGAACAUGGCAGAACAAAUCAAACAGGAAGAGCAGAAAAGUGAGGAGAUGAACAAACUGUUUAAAGCUGAGCAAUGCAAAGUCAUGGAGGUCACAGAAAAACUGAUUGAGGAAAGUAAGAAGCUUCUUAAGCUGAAGUCCGAAAUGGAGAUGAAAGUGUCCACUCUUACCAAGGAGAAAGAUGACCUGAAAUCUAAACUUGCAAGUGAAGAAGAGAAACGAAAGGAUCUCAGUAUAAAGUUAUGUCAGAUGCAAACUAAAAUGGAUAAGCAAGAGGAAGCUGAGUGGGAAUCUUCAAGAAACAGAGAUAAUGUAGACAAAGUUGGGUAUCCCGAUGAGGACAACAAGGUUAAAGAGCUCACAAUGGAGAUUGAGAGACUCAGGAACCGACUUAAACAGCUUGAGGUUGUGGAGGGCGAUUUGUUGAAGACAGAGGACGAGUACGACAUGCUUGAGAAGAAGUUCAGAACCGAGCAAGACAAAGCCAACGCUCUUUCCCAGCUCCUGGAGGAAAUGAAGACGCAGAUAACCAAGAACAAGGCCAUAGAAAAAGGAGAGUUGGUAAGCCAAGAAGCUGAGCUGAGACUACGCUGCAAGAUGGAGGAGGCCAAAACAAGAGAUCUUCAGUCCGAUGUCCAAGCUCUAAAAGAGAAGAUUCAUGAGCUCAUGAACAAGGAGGAUCAACUAUCUCAGCUUCAGGUGGACUACACGGUUCUCCAGCAGCGGUUCAUCGAAGAGGAGGAUGAAAAGAAAAACAUGAGUCAAGAAGUUCUCAAACUAACCAAAGAGUUAGAAGCUACAAAGCGUUACAGCCGUGCCCUUAGACCCAGCAUGAACGGAAGGAGGAUUGUGGACGUUCCUCUCGCUUCCACUGCAGUACAGACCGACGCAGACAUGAACGAACACAUCGAAGACGAGACUCCAGCUGUGUUCAUCCAGAAGUCUGUUCUAGAGGAAAAUCACCUCAUGAGUAAUCUGAGGCAGAAAGGUCUCAAGAAACCGACCGUGUUGGACCGUUACCCGCCGGCGGCUGCAGAGUUGGGGACGAAGAAGUCUUGGAACCCUUGGAUGAAGACGAAAGAAGCAGUUACUAUCACUCAGGGAGUUCCAUCAACCCAGGAGGUCAAUGGAAUAACAUCACGGACAUCACCAGAACUAACCAUGUCUCAGAAACCCGGUCAGCCUCUUCAUAUUAAGGUGACUCCAGACCAUCAGAGCAGCACUGCCACGUUGGAGAUCACCAGUCCACGUGCUGAGGACUUCUUCUCCAGUACCACCAUCAUCCCAACUCUUGGGCUCCAGAAACCACGCAUAACAAUCGUUCCUACUUCUAUGCUGCCAAAGUCCAAAACCAAUGAAGGGCCAGCUGAACGGACAAAGUCUCCAGUCACUAUAACGGCCAUCUCCAGAGCAAAAUCUCCAGAGAAGGGUAAAGGCUUCUACUCGGAGCAUCCUGUUUCUCCUCUGUCCAUCAUAACCGUUAGUGCAACUCCAGUCUCCCAGACAUCCAUCUCCCCAGAACCCCAUGAGAUGACCAUGGGCAGGGCCGUGUUCAAGUUGACCCCUGAAAAGCAGACGGUUCCAACGCCCAUCCGGAAAUACAACUCCAAUAUUAUAACCACAGAGGACAACAAGAUCCACAUCCACCUGGGGUCACCAGGGUUCAAGAAACCUCAGGAUGACAGAAGUGGCUCAGUUACGGUUUGGCCUAAUGGUAUAAGUUCAGACAGCAGAGAGAUGCCAACAGGGACAGUUCUGCGCUCUCCCAGACAGACGUCAGCUAAUGUUGGGAACAUGGUCCAAGGCAAGAUGACCAGCAGCAUCACAAUAACCCCCAUCACCUCGGCCCCAUCCAGGUCUACUCAAUCUGUGCACGGAACGGAUGUGCAGUCAUCUCGCUCCAUGGCAACACGAAUCCCCAUGUCAAAAGGUAUGAAAACCGGGAAAGCGGUCUUGUCCACGACGUCACGCUCUGAGAGCCAGUCUAUGAAAAUUGAACUGAGGAAAUCUGCAGUUUGCAGCUCUGAAGCCGGAGCCGGAGGAAAGAGCUAAGAUUGGCUCAUGAUAAUGUGGCACUGAAAUUUAAUCUAAGCACUACAGAACUGAAUGAAAUCUGAACAAAAGUGUUGCAAUGUAAAACAGAGCAAUCAUUGGCACUGGGGCCUCCAUUUCUAGAUUGAGAAACAUUAUUGCAAUAUUGUAAAUACUGUAUGUCAAAUCAGCCUUUAUGAAUUGUACAGACAUUUAUAACUGGAUCUCAGACAGUUGGAAUGUGUGCAUUUGUGUUUUGUGCUAAAACAUUUGAACUAACCCUUCACAAUUUCUUUUAGUAUUUAUUUUUCCAUUACCAUUUCACUAAGGUUUUAUUCUGUAAAACUGCUUGUGGAGGUUUCCAGGGGGGUGGAAAUAUAUUGUAUUAAAUGCCACUGAAUGAAUUUUCUGAUUCCACUUAAUAAAUAUUUUUCUGUCUUCAGAA